CGAAGAAAGUGUUGAGAAUGUUAUGCAAACAUGGCCAGCUCAACGUUUAUUUGUUGGAAGAAGUUGUCUUCUUCUUAAACCAUUUUUGUAUUUUGUGGUUUAUUAUUAAGGAUGAAACAAAGAUCGAUGGUUUGGUCAGAAGAAAAUUAAAUUGUUGUUGAGAAAUGAAAGGAAGGGCCUACGUAAUGAUCUUCUUCUUCUGGGCUCUUCUCACCAUUAUCACCCCAAUGCUUGUUAGCUGGUCUCAAUCUCUCAAAAAUCUUCCACCACUCUCUAAUGAUCAAGAACAAAAAAUCAAGGACUCUGGUCCAAGAAGAAUGAUGGGAUAUUCAGAAGAAAUGCAUUUGGCACAAGAGUUUGUUAGUCACGUAGAAGAAGAGAAGUUGAUGAUGGAGCCGUCAAUGGCGCCAACGCCUGAAGAUAACCAUGUUAUGCCUUCACUAUCUUCCUUGCGGAUAAAACAACAAGAAGGAUUAGUCGCUAAACGGGCACAUCCCAUGAGAUUGCGAUGAUCUUAAAGGAAUUAUUUCUUUCUUUCUUUCUUUUUUUAUUUCGGCGAUUAUCUAAAUUGUCCUCUUUGAUCAAGUAAGUGUUCAUAAUGACUCAGAUAUAUAUUUUUUACUUAUUCUAUGAAACCUAAUUAAUCAUAAUUAUGGAAUAGCAGUUCUUGAUGACUUCUUGUACAUAUGUAAAAUUCGCAUCCUUUUGGCAAAGGCCAAUGGUAAGAA